AUGGCAGGCAUGACGUCGAGGCGACGAAAACAGGAGACUACUCGCUUGACCAAAGUGGACUUUAUGAAACGAGAAAUUUUCGUGGAAUACAACAUUGUCGAUACCGCCAACCCCAAUGAACCUCCCAAACCCUACCAGUUCCAACUCUUUGUCGACCCCGACAUUGAAAUUCGGGAGGCAUGUCUGCAACCCAUUGCCGAUCAUUUGGAGAUUCCAGUCGACGAAAUUCACAUUUUCUAUCGAGGAUUUGAAAAAGAAUUUGACGAUUCCAAAUCGUUGCGAUUUUACGGAUUACAAGGAGGAGGAUUCUUUCACAUGACACGAGUCAUUACCACCACCAAGCGAGAAGAGCGCAAGAGACCCUCCUAUUCCGAAAUGGCACAACGAGCCAUUGAAAGAUAUACUGCCACGUCUACUGCUGCUGCUAGUAGUCCAAGUAGUAGUAGUAGUGCCUCGGAGCCGCAACCACGAGCUGCCUCGGAUAAAGAACAUGCGCAACGUGACAGUCAGUCUCGAAAAAAGCCAGACGCUCACAAAAAGGCAGAGGUAGAACCACAACAAAAGGCUGCCGAGAAGGAGACUGACAGAAAACAAAAGGCAGAGACUGACAGAAAACAAAAGGCUGAUGAAGAGGCACGACAAAAAGCACAGGCUGCUGAAGAGGCACGCAAAAAGGCAGAAGCUGAGAGAAAGCAAAAGGCUGCUGAAGAGACACGCAAAAGAGCAGCAGCUGAAAGGGAGAGGCAAGCUGCUGAAGAGCGUGCUCGGCGUGCAGCUGAAGAGGCUGAACAACAAAGGAAGGAAGAAGAGGAGCGCGCAGCUGCCGAUGAGGCACGCAAAAGAGCUGAUGCAGAACGACAACAAAAGGCAGCUGAAGACGCCAGGAAGAAGAAAGCAGAGGCGGAACGAAAAGAAGCGGAGGAUCAGGAACGUGCUCGGCGUGCAGCAGACGAAGCAGAGGCACGUAGAAGAGCAGAAGCUGAACGAAAACGAAAAUUAGCUGAAGAAGAACGUGCUCGACGGGCAGCCGAAGAUGCACGCAAAAAAGCAGAGGCGGAACGACAAAGGAAAGCUGAGGAUGAGGCGCGCAAAAAGGCAGCCGAGGAGGAGCGUGCUCGACGAGCAGCAGAAGAAGCAGAGGCACGUAGAAGAGCAGAAGCUGAACGACAAAGAAAGGCUGACCAGGAACGUGCCCGGAAAGCGGCUGAAGAGGAUGCCCGUAAAAAGGAAGAGGCUGAACGAAAGAGAAAAUCUGAAGAGGAGGCACACAAGAAAGCAGAGGCGGAACGUCAACGAAAAGCUGAAGAGGAAGCGCGCAAGAACGCAGAGGCUGAGCGGAAACGAAAAGCAGCCGAAGAGGCAAGCAAACAAGCAGAUGCUGAGCGGCAACGAAAAGCAGCUGAAGAUGAGGCACGCAAGAAAGCAGAUGCUGAGCGACAAAGAAAAGCUGAAGAUGAGGCACGCAAAAAGGCAGAAGCCGAACGGCAACGAAAAGCUGAAGAAGAGGCCCGCAAAAGAGCAGAGGCUGAACGACAACGAAAAGCUGCUGAAGACGCCCGCAAAAAGGCAGAAGCCGAACGCAAUAGAAAAUUUCCAAUCACAGUCAACGCGAAGGGUGGACGCAAAAUCCAGCUGCUCGUUCGACCGUCCGACUCUAUGGAGGCUCUUCAGAACCAAAUACGACAAGAAACUGGUGUUCCCGCUAACAAGCAGAAUCUCUCCAUGGGCGGCAAUCAACUACCAACAGACAAACCCAGAAAAGCAAUGGAAGAAUGUGGGAUUAAAGAGGGCAGUGUUAUUGACAUGGGAUCCAGCGCAAUCAACAUUACUGUAAAGACACCAAAUGGGCAAAGGAUCAACCUUCAAGUCGACCCUUCGGAUGAUGCAAAAUCCAUUCAGCAAAAGGUGGAAAAAGAAACUGGGUUGAAGGUAUCGGAUCAGAUCCUGAAGUAUCGGGGGAAGGAAAUGGCCGGUACCACCACAGUCGACAAUAUGGGAAUUAAGAAUGGCGACGUUCUUGAUGUUACUCUGCGCGAAGUUUCUGUUACUGUCCGGACCAUGGACGGAAAAACCAUGGAGAUUAAGGUGGACCUGAACAAGCCUGUGUCAGAAAUUAAGACACAGUUGGCAAAAUUAUCUGGGAUCCCAGUGAAGAAUCAAAAGCUGUCGAUUGGCGACAAAGAACUGUUCAAUCCUUGGAAAACCGCAGCCGACUGCGGCAUUACGGAUGGAAGUGUGCUGGAUCUAGCGCCAAAGUCGGUCAAUUUCUACGUCAACACACCGGCAGGGAAAAGGGUUUUUGUACAGGCAGAUGCCACUGAUACUGUGGCUGAUAUCAAGGCAAAAGUGGAGAAGGAAACAGGCCUGGAUUCCUCCAAGCAGGAGCUCAAGUUUGAGGGGAAACCACUUGCCAAUGAUAGCACUGUGGGGGAGAUGGGAAUCCAAGAUGGAGCUGUGUUGGAUCUUGAACCAAGGACGAUCAAUGUCAAUGUCAACGCGCCUGGAGGGAAGAAGAUCAAACUAAAGGUCGACCCUGCUGAUUCUAUGGCUGACAUCAAGGCCAAAUUGGAGAAGGCAACAGGUCUGAAAGCUUCCAAACAGGAACUCAAGUUCCAGGGGAGUGUUGCUCCCAACGAAAAGACUGUGGAGGGGAUGGGUAUCCGAGACGGAUCCGUGCUUGAUUUGUCUGCCAGGAGCAUCAAUAUUGAUGUUAAGACACCAGACGGGAAAACAGUUCCUGUACAGGUAGAGCUCUCAGAUAGUGGGGCCUCCAUCAAGGAAAAGAUCGAGCAGAAGACAGGAUUGAAGGCCUCAGAUCAGACCCUCAACUGUAGAGGACAGGAGAUGAAGAAUCAUACAUCAGUUCAGGAUAUGGGACUGUCUGACGGAUCCGAAUUGACCGUCACCGUGAAUUCGCCUACUAGUAGAAAGCCUCCGACUUCCGCUUCCAAACCAGCAAAAAAGAAAGACGACAAAGAGGUAGAAAACCCAGUCACCACAUCCGAUGUCUUCGUGGCUUUCACUGUUCCGGACUUGCAGUCGGAGCCUUCCAAAAAGGAAUACAGCGCGUUGGCCAGUACUACGAAAAAGUUCUAUGCGUCGAGCCUACGAGAGAAAUAUGGCAGCGUCUUCGACGACGUCAGCGUAAAAGUUUCGGUGCCUCGCUUCGGAUCGGCUUCUCCCCGAAAAAACUACAACGUCUACAUUGAGUGGGAAAUCAACGCUCAGUUUCAUGAAGGACGAGGUCAAAUCCCUAACCGGAACGAGCUCUGCCGAUCAUUGGUCCAAAUUGACCUAUCGAAGUACCUGCUGGAGCAUGUACGCUCGCUCUCCGAUACCGCCUUUGCUGGGGCAAGUGGAAUGUUCACCGAGCAAGUGAAUUCUGUGGUAAAAUCAUAGUAGCUAACUAGUAGCUGCAUGCAUAAUUGUUUCAGCAGAGAAGUCCUCGUGCAAGCGGACGCAUUGAAUGAUUGAAUCAAAAGGUUGCUGUGCCGUUCGGCGUUGCAGGUCCCUCCGACCUGGAGAUUGUGGACGUGGGAGUUAGUUGGCUCCGAAUGAGUUACUGUAGAAGAAGCUACUAGUAUUAAAAAGCGGUCUUAAUAGCGACAGCAGCAUCAUCAAUCAAGAACCCGUGUACUCCAGAGUACGAAUUCUCAUCCUGACAGUUGACAGUCCCCAAGUCUGUUCACCUGAACUGGUACGAAUGCCAGAUGCAGAGGUGUCUUGGCGAAAACGAUGGUACUCACUACUGCACUUCUGUACCAGGUACUUCACACUCCCAUCAAACUAAAGGGAUCCGCUGCCUCGUGUUAAUAAGCUCGAUAGAGCCUGCAGGCCGUGCUCUAGUAAUUUGUAUAGCUAAAUAUUUCUAGCCAGUAAUGGAUAAGCCUCAACUCUAAUGAAGGUAUCCUGUCAGCGUGGAGCCACACUCCACAAACUUUUGAAUCGAUCGAAAAGAGGCACAAUGGUGCUUUUCCUCCUCUUUCGGCCACUAGCCAGCUUCUCUCCGUUACCUCAUGUGUAUCCUCUCAUUGACAAUCCUAUGGCGCCGCUUUGGUGGUGAAAUAUUGAGGGCUUUCAGGAGAAGAAGAGAAGAAGAGGUCGAUUCAUUGCUCUGGAUCUCACUCUACGGAUCACUCUCCACUCUCCGGCUCUCCACUCUCCGGCUCUCCACUCUCCGGCUCUCCACUCUCCGACUCUCCA